UAGAGGGCAGGUAGUGUUAUAGGAUAUAAAAAGAACUCCAAGUGCAUAUUGUCGCUUUAGUUCCCUCGAAAAUCUUCCAGAAUGUUAGUCAGUGCCGUGGAUAUUCUCGUUUUUUAUUUGGUGACGGUUGCACAUUUGACCAACGGUGUAUUGACAACAGAAGCGCCUAGGAAUAUUCAACUAGUAACGAAUUUACAACCACCGGCCCUUAGUUACCUUCCAACUACGGCCACGGUGUUUCCAAAACUUUCUCGACACGGUGUUUUCACUGGCCAAGCUUUGGACAAUGGGCUAGAGGAUGGAGACCCGAGUAGAGGCUUAAAGGCCGAAAGGCAAAUACAAGCCGGGUAUUCGUACCUGAAACCAUUAUUGAUCGAUCUCCAGUUACCAUUGAAAGAUCAGACGAUUAAAUCAAUCGGCGAUAAGCAAAGGAGCGAAAGCCAAACUUCUGGAGCAACGGCGUUGAGGUUAGGCGAAUCAUGGCGGCCGGGAAACGAGACGAGGCUGUGGCACGAGUAUCGCGCUCACGUACCACGCCGAUCGGCAGGAUACAGUGUCGUGGAAGAGGUCGAUGAAUACGUAGCGAACGAUUCGGAUGGAUUGGGGCGUCGUGGGAAGGCGACGAGUCCCCAUCGUAAUUCGCAGGACAUAACGGCGGCCAUCAAAGCCCUCGAUCGCUUCCUGACCGGGGUUCUGAACGAUGAUAGUUACAACAGCGUGCUACAUCCACCGCCCAAUCCUGUUCUGGCCCUCGUCCUGUCUCGAUACGGCCGAUACGUGCCCGGAUCACGAAACUCUCGCAUGUAUGCUCACAUGGCCGUAAACAAUAUACAUAACAACAAGCCUUUCGGUAGUUAUAAGCUGGAGUGCGACGAAUCACCCGUCUACGUCACGAGAUAACGAUUAAAGUACUGAGUAGCCAAUCGAGUGGAUCGUAGAAUGAUUAUAAUUGGGUAGAGAAAAAUAAAUUUCGUUAUUUGUGCGUUAAAACAGUGUGGUAAUGGCAGUUAAAUAUGAUAUUGUUUAUUUAUUGUAUAUAUGUUAGAAAUAAUGCUGACAAGUAUAUCGGUGUAUUAGUGUUUAUUUAAUACAGAUAAGGCAAAAUGCUUUACACUUUUUUUUAACGAACUCUAUACGUUUUUUCGCAUUUAUUCGAUGAAUUUCUUAGCUAACUUAAAAUGAUUUUACAUACAAAUUAACGUAUAAAAUUUUUAUAUUUUAAUAUUUUAUGUAUCUUUACACGUAAAGAGAGAAAAUUUGUCGAAUAUUAAAAUCUAUAUUAUUGUUUUGUGUGAUAUUUUAAUAAUAACGUAAUUACCAAGAUGCAUUUUCGGUUUGUCAGGACAUAUAUAUAGCGAUAAAAUGUCGUUUUUUAUCUUUCUUAUUUUAUCGAGAGCAAAAAUUACAAUCCUAAUAAUGUGUUCUUCACCAUCAUCAUUUUUCGUUCGUUUUACAAUCAUUUUACACUAUAUCGUCAAUUUCUUAACAAAUAGAAAUAAUUUCAUUAUUCAAUAACGAAAAAUCAAACUCAUCUUCGCUCGAAUUAAUUUCAUUCCACGCUUACAAAAAUGAAAAAACUUUGAAAAUAAUAUUUCUAUUCCCAUCACUGUCAAACUCGAACCAAUGCCGAAAAUAUAAUUCAAUCCGUGAUAUCACGAUCUAAUUUGAGAUCUAAAAAAUCUAACCAUUCGAUAUAUUAUAUUAUCCCACACUUUAUAAGAUUAUACGUAAAGAGGUUAGAAAUCUAUUCGUGAAACUCUUUUCAUGAUAUUUUAUUUUUAUCGCGUCAAACGUGGAUGUCUGUGAGCCACCAUUGGAGCGCAAGUACUUUUUACUUCAAAUAUAACGACACUCCUCUUUUUGUUCGAAAA